AUGAAGUGCUUAUUAUUAUUAUCGGUACUUUUGCCCUGUGUUUCUUCACAGUUAGUGCAGAACUAUCCGAAUGUUAUUCUGACUGGACAGCCAAGAGUUGUGGCGAGGAGGAUACUCAAUGUCGAUAUGAAAACAGCCCAACAACUAGCCCUCCCUGACGACCAAGAACAUAUCAGAUAUCGAGUGAAUGUAUUGAACAGACAAGAACUUCCACAACCCGAAGAAACUCCUUAUCUGACUCAAGAAAGAACUCCAGUCAUGGUCUACAGAAGAAUAUUGAGACCAGCCAGAAUCACGUUCACUGGAGACGGAGUUGCGACGGAUAGCUGGCAAGGAACGAGUGAUGCAGUGGAGAUGGAGUCAUGGACAUUGAAUAGAAGACCCACCGUAGAAGGAUCAUUUGUACAGAAUCAACAACCACAGAGAUCUUUUCAUUAG